CACUGUGUGACAGCAGAGCUCAGUGCUCGGAGGGUCUCUGGCACCCAAAGGGCUCUAACAGCCCAAUAAUAGGGGUGCUUCCCUCGCCCGCUUUCUCUGACAGAAACGUUCUGGGUGUUGUGAUGUUCAGCUCCUUCUCCAGCUCUCAUCUCUGUGGAUUCACACCUGUGCAGAGCACCAUUUUCUCUGUCAUCUUGGCAUCACGGAGAUACUCCACACAGCCAGCCCACCACAUGCAUGUUUUCAGAGGGGUGGGAUGGACAGUUUGAGCCUGGUGGCCGGUGACACUGAAGUCCUGGUGAGAUGUCCUUGAGUGGCAACACGAGCCAGUCUUCUCCAUCAACGACAGCUCUGCCUUUGCCCUUCAAUGGCUCCACGUCUCCACAUUCCCUACCAUGGGAGGAGGGAAGAACCAGUCGUGAGUCUCUGCAGGAGUGGUUGGAGAAUAAAACCCAGCUCCUCUCAGACCUCGCUGUUCUCGGGCAUGAUGAGCAGUGCCCUAUGUCAGCUGUCCUCACAGCGUGUCUAGUAGUGUGGUACAGUAUUACAAUGGUGCUGGGGCUGGUGGGGAACAUCGGCCUUAUCUGCAUCAUCACCCGUCGCAGAGAAAAAGUCAAUGUCACCAGCAUUUUCAUCUGCAACCUGUCAUUCUCUGACAUUCUGGUGUGUGUCUUCUGCCUCCCCUUCACCGUCAUAUACACGCUAAUGGACCAUUGGGUGUUUGGGUCGCUGUUGUGCCGGUUGGUGCCGUUCAUCCAGUGUGUGUGUGUGACCGUGUCCGCGCUGUCUCUGGUGUUUAUCGCUCUGGAAAGACAUCAGCUCAUCAUUAACCCCUCUGGGUGGAAACCAAGCAUUCCUCAGGCCUACAUUGCGCUUGUUCUCAUUUGGAUUCUGGCCUGCCUCACCUCCUCGCCUUUCUUGGCCUUUCAGCUCCUCACAAAUGAGCCGUAUACCAAUGUAAUCCUCCCCCAGUCUCCACUCCAUCACCAAGCCUCUUCUCAGGCUUAUCUCAAUGCAUCUCCACCUCAACCUGUGACCUAUACAUACAAAAACUCAUCUGGGCUUCCAAAUUCAUACCGCACCCUCUUUUCUUAUGUCCCCACCUCUCCACAUAUGGAGGCCUGUCUGGAGCACUGGCCAUCCCAGCAACAUAGGCUCGCUUACACCACAUGGCUCCUGCUAUUCCAGUACUGCGGUCCACUAUUGUUGGUCUUGCUCUGUUAUGUUAGAGUUUUUGUGCGUCUUCGCCACCGCAAAGACAUGCUGGACCGCGCCAGGACCCCAGAGAGCCAGUGCAUGACCCACAGCCGCCGAAUCAACAUCAUGCUGGUUGCCCUCAUAACAGCCUUUGGUCUUUGCUGGCUGCCGCUCACCGUCUUCAACGUGGUGUCAGACUGGAACCAGGAGGCUCUGCCCAUCUGCCACCACAACCUGCUGUUCUCCCUCUGCCACCUGCUGGCCAUGUCCUCCACCUGCAUCAACCCCAUCAUCUACGGCUUCCUCAACUCCAACUUUCGGCAGGAGGUUAGAGAAGUGCUCCUGCACUGCCGCUGCAGCCCACUAGAAGAAGAGUGUGAGCAUUUCCCCAUGUCCACUGUGCACAUGGAAGUGUCCCGCACCUCUGUGCCUCUCAACUGCAGGAGCAACUCUGUUUGACUUUGAUGUCACAACCUAAAGGAUACCGCUGUUGUAGGAUGUAGUCAAAUAAACUGUACAGUUGUAGGACUAAAUUCUGCUGUUUGUUCUAAUAACAGUGCAACAUUUUUGUCAGUGGUUUAAAGUGAAGUGCGCAGUACAAUGUUGGUUUAUCUUAUUCUGAAGUAGCUGCGAAUUAUAUAAAGAGUGUUGAUGUAAAAAAAAAACAGUUUCAAAAGAAUGUUUUAAACUAAUCUGUUGCUGUGUCCCAAUUAGAUGCAUCAUACUAAUUGUAUACAGUAUGCACUAUAUACUAUUGAUUACAGUAUACUGCUUUUUUGCAGUAAGUACACAAGAAAUCAACAUAUUUACCAUUUUAAGCCAACAGGAAAUGAUCCAAUUUGUGCCCUUUUGGGCUGUGAGAGCUACUGCCAAUUAAAUUUGUUAAAAAAAUAAACAAGCAAAAUGUUGUUGGAACCAUAGUCACAAUGUAAGCUGCAUAGUGUGAUGCUAUCAACAUACAGAGGAGUGACAAGUUGAAGGCGAGGUAUGCGACUUUAAUCCAAUGCACGUAAAAAAAAAUUCAAAUAUCUCCUUACCGUCCGCUAGCUGUCUGUUCUGUGUGAGCACUGAAAAAAACUCUGGUGUUUGUACACAGCCCUGGCUCUGUAAAUGGGAAAUAAACAAGCCACACAGCACUAUUCCAGCCAUGAUUUGUGUGUCAGGUACCGUUAAAUGACUUGCCCACGGACAUUCAGCUUACUUUCUAGUUUGCCAAGAACGUUAGUUCCAUUACUUGCUGUGUUGUUGUUCACUCUAUAUCAUGGUAUUUUUCAUGGUAUUGGAUUUCUUCCAUACCCCACCUUUGAGGGAAAAACCUGAAUAAACGAAGACUUGUGGUGGACCAACAAACUACUAAGAGACUUUCCUUUUAUGUUGGCUUUUCACUUAAUUUGUCAUGGAACUGUAUGUUGUACCGAAAAGAAGCAGAUGCAUUUUGUGAUAAACUAGACAUACAUGUUGAAUAAUUUAUUUUAUGAAUGUAGUGCUGCUGUUGUGUUUAUUACAUUUUUAUAUGACUUCUUUUGUAUUUAUGGCAAUUGUGCUGUGAAAGAAAAACACAAGGUGUAUUUUGUUUUGUGAUUAAUGUGACUUAUAGAGAUAACAGUUUAUAACAUUGUUAAAUUAUAAAUUUGCUUUAGACAGGUUUAAUAAACAUAGAAAUAACAUCAAA